AUGGUUUUGGAGCUGGCAGCGCCCGCAAGUGCAGGCCCGCUGCUGCAGCGCUCCAUCCCGCACAUCGAGCGCCUGUUUCGGGUCAGGGUGAGCUGCAGCGCCGCUGACACCCACACCCACUCCCACUCCCACUCCCACCUGAACACCCACACCGGGACCGACAGCGAUACCAGCAGCGAUACCGACAGCGGCCGCCGCUCCGUGAUCGUGAUCAUCCAGGAUGGCACGGAGGAAGACUGCAGCAGGGCUAAAGACUACAUCGUGUCUCUGAUCGCUCCGGUUCAGAGACACCAUGAGCGCUUGACCCUGCGGCACCAGCGCCUGUACGAGCCGGAGAGCACCGAGGCCCGAGAGAAUGCGCCCGAGCUGAUGGAGGACGACGAAGGAGAGGAGGAAGGGAGCAGCUCGGAGAGUGAAGGAGAGAGACGGAGCGCCGGGCGAGGAAGAGCCGGAGGAAGAAGAAGAACCGAGCUGAGCAUGGUGACCAAGCCUCACCGUCAGCUGUGCCGCUCUCCGUGUCUGGACCGCCCCAGUUUCAGCCAGAGCAGCACGCUACAGGAACUACGCGUCGACGACACCCUGGCUCCUACCUCGUCCUCGUCUCUGGCGCCGCCCGCCACUUUCGUAGGGCACGCCCCUGCCGAUCGCGACUACCAGAGCAAAAUGGAGUUCGCGCUGAAGUUAGGGUACUCGGGCGAGCAGGUGGAGGCCGUGCUGAGCAAACUGGGACCCAGCGCUCUUACCAACGACGUCCUGGCUGAACUGGUGCGACUCGGAAACAAAGGAGAAAUCGAACCGCAGGCGCAGACGCCGGGCGGAUUAACAUCGGCCGGGUUAAACCUAGCGCCUCGUGGCUCUGGGGCAAAAGAGGGCGUGAGUCCCGAGGCCUCGCUCGAGGAGGAGACCACGGACACGUACGACAACCUCCGACCCAUCGUUAUAGACGGAUCCAACGUGGCCAUGAGCCAUGGAAACAAAGAGGUUUUCUCUUGCCUGGGCAUCCAGCUGGCAGUCGACUGGUUCCUGGAACGCGGGCAUAAAGAUAUCACGGUGUUCGUACCAGCGUGGAGGAAAGAGCAGUCCAGACCCGAUGCUCCCAUAACAGAUCAGGAGAUCCUGAGAAAGCUGGAGAAGGAGAAAAUCCUGGUGUUCACCCCAUCACGUCGGGUCCAGGGGCGACGGGUCGUCUGUUACGACGACCGCUUCAUCGUCAAGUUGGCGUGCGACUCGGAUGGCGUCAUCGUAUCCAACGACAACUACCGAGACCUGCAAAACGAGAAGCCGGAGUGGAAGAAGUUCAUAGAGGAGCGGCUGCUCAUGUACAGCUUCGUCAACGACAAGUUCAUGCCCCCUGAUGACCCACUUGGCAGGCACGGUCCAAGUCUGGAAAACUUCCUCCGCAAGAGACCUGUUGUCCCGGAACACAAAAAGCAACCGUGUCCUUAUGGUAAGAAGUGCACAUACGGGCACAAGUGUAAGUAUUACCACCCGGAGAGGGCGACGCAGCCGGUCCGAUCUGUAGCGGACGAACUCAGAGCGUUCGCCAAGCUGUCUGCGGUGAAAACCAUGAGCGAAGGUGCUCUUGUUAAAUGCGGUAUAUCUAGUACCUCGGCGAAAGGGGACGGUUCUGAAGCGAAGCGAGUGGCGCCGAAACGCCAGUCGGAUCCGAGCAUCCGGUCAGUGGGGUGCGAGCAAGAAGAGCGGCUCUGUCUGGCUCGGAAAGCCGAAGCGAGCUCGGUUCCGUCUUUGGUGACGGCUCUUAGCGUCCCGACCAUGCCGCCCACCAAGAGUCACGCGGCCGGUGCGUUGAAUACUCGGUCGGCGAGUAGCCCAGUACCAGGGUCGCUCCACUUUACUCACAGCUCGCUAGAACACGCCGGAAGCAUCCAGUACCCUCCGAUCCUGGUCACCAACAGCCAGGGUGCGUCCGUGGCAUACAGUGAACCUUUCCCGAAAUACGAUUCAAUCGUCAGUGACCACGGCUACUACUCCAUGCUGAGCGAUUUCUCCACCAUGAGUUUGGGAAGCAUGCAAGACAGCUUCUGCAGCCUGGAGCAACCGGAUCCGGUCGGAGUCGGCGGAGGGUACACCGUACGGACAUCCGGGAUCUGUCCCGAAACCGGACGCAGUCACUCUUCAGACUCGUACUCCUCCUACAGCGGAGAGAUGUACUCCAUGGAGGGCAGCAUGGACGACGGUAUGAAGGUCCCACCUUCUGCACAAUCUCAAGCGCAAUCCCAAGCACAGUCACGUCUACAAGCGUUUGCUCACGGUUUCCAUCACGAGGCUUUAACCAGAGUCCAGAGUUACGGCACGGACGAGCCCAAACCGUGCCCACGCAAGCAGUCCUCGGCCCACCUCGUGCCUCACGUGCAGCAUCCUGUCGUAGGCGCUCGAUCAAGCUGCCCGGGUGACUACCCCCCACUCCCACAGAACGUGAUGCCUUCGUCCGGCCCAGUUCAGCAGAGCAGAUCCUUGGGGAUGACCCGAAUGGACAGCAUUUCGGACUCCCGGCUCUAUGAAAGUAACCCGCUCCGACAGCGCAGGCCUCCCCUGUGUCGGGAGCAACACGCCAGCUGGGAUCCUCUGCCCUGCGGGAACGAACCCUACGGUUACGGAGGUUACGGAUUAGUGGGAGGCCUCAUGCCAUGCUGCGAGCGGGUCAUGGUCCGAAGCAUGCCGGAAAAGAUGGAGCAGAUUUGGAGGUCUCCGUGGGACAUGCCUCAUGGACCUCACGGACCGAUGGAACCGCAGGAACGUCAUCCGAUCCCUGAGCAUCUGUACCAGACUUACCGGAACCUCUGCAAUAUAUUCCCAGCGUACGUAGUUCACUCGGUCAUGGAGAAGAACCCUCAUAUGACGGAUCCUCAGCAACUAGCCGCCGUCAUCGUAACUAAACUACGGUCCUGUCACUGA